GCCAUUAUUUUUUUGUUGACUUAACUAAAUACUGAUAGUUGAAGAUUCAACUCUGGAAGCUUAUAUAAUGGGAAGAAGCUGAGUUCAAUUUUCAUCAAAUAUCAAAAUGUCUAUUACUCGUCUUGCUCUCUGCCUUAGCUUUGCAUUCCUCUUCUAUGUGGUUGGAGGAGCCAAAGUGACAUUCACAAACAAAUGUGGAUACACUGUAUGGCCAGGAACACUAACUGGAGACCAAAAGCCUCAACUUUCAACAACUGGUUUUGUGCUGGGACCUCAAGCAACCAACUCAGUGGACCUUCCUUCUCCAUGGUCAGGUCGCUUUUGGGCCCGAACCGGAUGCUCAAACAACAACGGAAAGUUCAGUUGCGCCACGGCCGAUUGCGCGUCUGGUCAAGUCGGGUGCAACGGUGCUGGCGCAAUUCCUCCAGCAACUUUGGUUGAAAUUACAGUGGCUCCAAAUGGUGGACAAGAUUUCUACGAUGUGAGCAACGUGGACGGUUUCAACGUGCCGAUGUCAGUAACUCCACAAGGAGGAAGAGGUGACUGCAAAACUUCAAGCUGUCCAGCGAAUAUCAACACAGUGUGUCCUGCUGAGCUUCAAGUGAAAGGCUCAGAUGGAAGUGUGAUUGCUUGUCAGAGUGCUUGUUUGAAGUUUAAUACAGAUGAGUAUUGUUGCCGUGGAAGUCAUAAUAAACCGGCUACUUGCCCACCCUCAAAAUACGCUACGAUUUUUAAGAAUCAAUGUCAUGAUGCUUAUAGUUAUGCAUAUGAUGAUAAGACUGGAACUUUCACUUGCUUUGGUGGACCUAGCUAUGCUAUCACCUUCUGUCCCUAAUUUAAUGGCCACCUUCGAAAAACAGUUAUGUCGCUGUUUAAAAUAAAAUAGGGGGUUCUGUCAAAAAUAAAUAAAUAAAUAAAAUAGGGGGUUACAACUUACACACAUAAACAUGAACAUGUGUGAUAUAUAUGUAAACCUCAAAUAUGAAUAAAAUAUCACGUGAUUUCAGUUAA